AGUAGAUGCAUGUCUCCUAUGUUUUUCAUCUCACGACUUAGAUUGAGGCAUAAACGUAAUCUUGCAUAGUAGCUAAUAGUUAGUUGAAUGAAGUAGAAGUUGUGAACUUCAUCAUCCAGCACAAGGAUUACCAUGUCUGCUACUAUGCGCGCACCUUCACCGGGGAUGGGGCGACCGUACGCCCGUGUCGCCUGGCUCGGUAGUGGAAGUACGACUCCACGGGUGCAGUACGUCCCUACUCCGCGAGCGUCAACGGCCGCAACAACACUGAUGGGAUCGGCAGUGUCUAUCGGUAUCUACGAUAUGUAGAACACUAUUGAAGCUGUUAGAUUUAAGGAUGCUAGAGGACUAUUCAUCGAUGCUAUUACAGCACGCCUGCAGCUGUGCACAAGAAUUCUAGUGUGAAGAUCGCGAUCGAAUUUCUUCUCUUUGCAGAAGUUGUUUUUCGUAUUGCAUCAUUACCCGAAGUAGCUGCCUGAGGAUCUCGCAGUAUCAGAAUUAAUGAAAGCAUCACUCCUAAAGAUCAGAUAAUUCUGUGGGAGCGGCAGCUGGUGGGAUGGUACCUGUUGGCAUGGAGCGAUACCAGGCACUAGUCCAAAGUUUGCAGGCCUCCAUCGGCAGACCGCGAGAACCGCCCGUGACCAUCACCACGAGUACGAGCAUCAAAACCACGCACAGCGUGCCGACGCAUGUUCCUGCGAUCGCUACGGCGCGUGUAGGCCGAACCAUGCCGCCAGGCGCACAAAGCAGCGUCGCCGACCAGCAGAGCAGUAGCACGGUGACGCCGGUGCUUCCAAACUCAGCGCGCGGAGUCAGCCUCUCAGUGGGGGCGCGCACGCUUGCUGGAUCUGCGUUGUCUGCGAGGACGCCAAGUCAAGUGGUUCGCGGAGCUGCCGCCGCAUUGCAGGCGAACUCUGUAGUCACCACAGUCGUAAAGAACGGAGGCCAAUCGCUGACGACGACAGCAAGAAGUCGUUCGAGGUCACACUCGAUGUCGGUGGACCGCUUUGCCAGCACGAAUUUAGAAAACUCCUGGAUCACGCCUUCCUACAGAAAUAUCGGCGUUCCAGGCUUUGCUGCACAGGCAGCGGUAUUGUUCAUAAUCCUCCUUGGUACUUAUAUUAUAAUCUUCCGUACUAGUAAUAGUCGACGAAACUUCAUACCUUAUAGACAGGACACUAGUUGUGUAAUGACCAAGAUAGAACAGAUCAAGCAUUUACCUAUGAAAAGUACUUUUUAUUCCGAUCAAGACCUGAAAAAAAUAUGUAACCACUUUCUCUUCAUCGUUACCUUUGAUGAGUCUCACUCGUAUUGAUGAAGCCCUUUUUUCACAUGUGCAAGUACCUAUGAAUGUCUUAAUGUCAGGCCUCUUCGGUUCGUGCGCUUUCUCGGGGUGUGUCGCCAGGACCGUUUGAGAGGAUUUCAACAACGACGAUUAGAAAAGCAGUUGUGUCUUCAAGUGGGCAAAACACAGCUCCUUCGUCAACAGUGGUGUCCAAAACUACUGGCGUCACGGUUAUAUCACCUUCCAGUGCUACUUCCGCCGCAGCUCAUGUAGGUUCGAAAACUGACGGGACGACAUCAAGUAAAACUACAGUCCUGAAUGGUCGCGAGGUGAUAGUGCAACCGCGGCCAACGUCGAGUACUUCAGCUUCAGUGAGCAGCAUACCAGAGCAAAAUGGUGGCACUAUGAUGUCCUCUGCAGCUCCUGCCGCAGCACCUUCAACGGGCAGCAAUUUAGGCGUAGCGGAGAAGCAACUGGCGCCAGGUGAGAGCAUCGCCUCUGCGGGAACGCAAUAUGCGACAAGGGCAUACCAUAGCAUGAAACUGGCGUCUAGCUUAUGAGGCAAGCACCAUCAACAUUUUUCCCUAGUACAAUCCUCAGUCUCAGUAGAAGCACUCACACUCGCACUCCAUUAUUAGGAGCACCUCCUUCCGUAGCAGACGAGAGGUUUUCCAAAUCCGCUCUAAUUCGCGACUUUCCCUUGGUGCACCAAGACAACCUGUUAGAUAGUACUGCGGCUGGCAGCUCGGUCUACAAUUCCAAAAAUACGACAUCGUCGCUUGGAUCGAAUUAUGGCUGUAGUUUCCCUCUUCUAACAAAGAAGUACUCGACGCAACUAGGCAUAUCUAUUCCUUGAAGUUGGACUUGGAAGAUGAAUGCAGGACAUUUUUAUAAUAAGAAAAUAACAGGUUUUCGUUUUCGGGACUAGCGUAACAGAAGAGUACUUCUUCCAUGGCGGUCGCAAGGUCCAUCUUGUUCAACUUGUUUUCUUGAAAGUCUAAAGUAAGAAAUCAACUGUGCUGGACGAUGUGGAUGUCGGGCUUGGCAAUGCCGAUAAGAUGAGCACGCCGCCGGUGAAUAGCAAUACCAAUCAUGACGGAUACUGCAGUUCAACUUCGGGGAUCCUUGCGCAGAAGCGACGGGUGUCAUCGGAGCAAUCAGGAAAGCAGCGGUUUACCUCAGUGACCGUCGGCGAGUCGCCUAUCUCUCCCGGGUUCGAAACCUACGACAAAGAUACCUCUACGUACAACGGGAACAACUCGAGCAUGCUCAAUAUCACAGAUAAUAUGCUGCUCGAGGCGCAACAUAAAAGUGGACAGCACUACGUACCAGAAAAAUAUGGCAGGAUUCGUACUAAAUAUUAAGAUUGAUGAGAUUCCAUCUAGUGACAACUACGUCGGUUGAAGAUGUUCUGAUAUUGAAUUGUGGCUGCAAACUUAUUCGUAGGGUGUUGUACAGUGUACAUACCGAUAGAUUUGUUUUGAUGACGCUCCUUCCUUUCAUUCACGAGUUCAGGCUAUAGAGAACAAGAUAAAGCAGACCUCUCCUCCGCAUACGUACUCGCCGGGCGCGGACGCUUCCUCAACCCUUCUCGCAGAAAUUGAUAUGCUUCGUCGCGAGUUGAUGAAAGAGCAGUCAGCGAGACGCGAUAUAGAGGACUCAAUGCGGCGUUUAGAAGGACAGGUAUUACUACUAUGGAGAAUUCCAAGUUUUCUCAUUUGAUCAUGAUAUUGAAAUCUUGAAUUUGAAAAUCUUCUUGGUAGUACUAGAACCAGACUACACAAAAAGAAAAACGGAAACUACUGAGUGAUUAAUGUUUACUCUCGCAGCUAGCAGUCCCACUCAUCUUCCUGCAUGAUAUCGUAGAUGGUGCUCUGUCGAAGAAAUCCAUUUUUCGAUUUGUUGGGACUUCCUCAGAACUGACAGGUGAGCAGUAUGGCUGCCGAACUAGUUGAGAAAGACGCUUUUUUGCAGAGGAAAGAUACUGAAUUGUUUGAGGCAAUGGAUGAGAUUGCCCUUUUGCGCCAACAAGCUACGGACGCCAAGGAAGCGCAAACAGAAAUAUUGAAUUUAUGUGAGCAAAACUGUAUAAAUCACUGUGUUACGCAAAGAAGAAGUCAGUGAUGUCCAAUAGUUUUUCUUCUACCAUCGAUCGAUCAAUAUUCAGUGCUCUAUCUGCAGGCACUUGUCGGAAGUAUCUUCUAAGAAAUUCGCAAGCGGGAGUUGCAAGUGGCGCAAAAUCAGUCGAGGAGACGAGUGCGAAGGAAACGAAGCCGAAUUCACCCGCUAGUGCACGCGGCGCCGCGCAUACACACCAGUUCACAGAUGAAGCCGACCUGGAGAUUCAAAGGUAAUGCAGUACUAGUGCGCACAUUGAGAAUUGAUAUAUAUUAAGUUAAAAUUUUGGAGUAUGAUGAUUGAUGAGAGAGAGGAUGAUGCUAUAGUAGGUUGACCUUAAUGUGGUCACGACUUUUCAAUCUCUACAACAGGUAUGUCAAGCGGCAUCCCGAUUUUCCGUACGCGAUUGAGAAGGUGGGUCGAGACCACUAUGUUUUCGGAAAGGAGAAGAAGGAGGUGAUAAAGAAUCGUGGCAAGCUGCUAGUGCGUGUCGGCGGUGGCACAGAAUCGUUGUUGGAGUAUAUGGAGAAUCUGCAUCGCAAGGGGAUGAGUCGAGGCGCUUGCUAG